AUGAGAUUGAGGAUCAUCUUUCCCUGCAGUCCGGAUACCUGCGCAGGGGCUUCAUUGAUGGGAGUGAUUACAUGUGGCUUCGGCACCAAUAUCCAAGGUCGUCAGAACUCGGCCGAAUGGAUUCGAGCUGCCUUCCAUGACAUGGCGACGCACGAUGCUGCUGCAGGAACUGGCGGUCUUGAUGCCUCCAUUUUCUUCGAGCUUGACCGUCCCGAGAACAUUGGCGGUGCUUUCAACAACACAUUCGGCUUUUUCAGCAGUUUCUACUCCAUCCGUGCCUCCGCCUCCGACUUGCUGGCAAUGAGCGUCCUUGUUGCUAGCUUUGCCUGCGGCGGCAUCCAGAUCCCGUAUCGUGCUGGUCGCAUUGACUCUCAGGGAGCUGGCCCUGCAGGUGUUCCGGAGCCGCAAACCGAUCUGGAAGCAACUCAAGCUGCCUUCACCAAGGCUGGCUUCUCGACCGAGGACAUGAUCACCAUGGUGGCUUGCGGUCAUACCCUCGGCGGUGUGCACAGCACCGACUUCCCCGAAAUUGUCGGAGUUGAGGCGGAUCCAAACAAUGACACCGUCUCUCACUUUGAUACUACUACCACCAGAUUCGACAAUGCUGUCGUGACCGAGUACCUGGACGGAACUACCACGAACCCCUUGGUGGCAGGAACAAAUGAUACUCUGAAUUCCGACAAGCGUAUUUUUGCCGCCGACGGCAACAAGACUAUGCAGGGGCUGGCUGAUCCCAACACUUUCCAAGCCAAGUGCGCCGACAUCUUUACCCGCAUGAUCGACACCGUGCCUGCCAACGUCAAACUUAGCGAACCCAUCGUCGCUACGGACAUCAAGCCCUACAUUUCCGGACUGUUCCUGAAAGAGGAUGGCAACCUCUCUUUCGGAGGUCGCAUUCGCAUUCGUACCACAGCCGUGACUGGUCGUGAUCCGAACGACUUGUCUAUUCAGCUGACCUACGCUGACCGCAACGGCAAUGGUGCCACGGUUAUCACCACCAAGAAGGCAACGUUCCAAGGCGGAAGUGCCAGUGGUUUGUGGAGAGAAUCUUUCCACUACUGGGAGUUUGACACUACUGUCAGCCCCGAAACCGGCAUCAGCAAGUUCUACAUUCAUGUGACGAAGCCGUCGACGAACCAGACGGUCACAUACGACAACGCAGGCAAUGGAUACCCCAUGGAUGAUUCACUCCUUUACCAGCAAAGCCAGUCUUGCCUGGCGACGGCGGUUGAUGGAAAGAUGAGCCUUACAAUCAAUGCCCUUGUUCGAAACGAUCGGUUGCCUGCCGCUGCAGACGACCUGACGCUGGACCUCGUCCACAAAAUUGGCAGACAAGGGGUCAUUGUCCCUAAGUUGGAAACAGAGGUAAUCAACUUCCAGCCCUCGGGUGCUAAAAGGGGCCAGUGGUCUGUUUACAAGGCCAACGGAACGCUCGCAGUGGAUAGCUGGAACACGAGCUUUGACAUCAAACUGAAAGGAGACAAGCCCGUCGAGGUUGCGUUCCAGAAGACGGGCGGGUUGGGGUCAAAUGUCUGUUCCUAG